AGGGGAAAGUAAAUAGUGCCCGAAAGAGCCAGAGGCAGAGGGAGAUAAAUUGAAGUUGCUGCUCACAAUGUCUCUAACAGGCUACUUUGCAGCUCCGCUAUGCAGCAUCUUUCUGUUUAUUCUUGCACAUGCAGAUGCUGGGCAGCAGGAGGACAGUUUGUACAUGUGGAUUGAUGCUCACCAAGCCAGAGUAUUAAUAGGCUUUGAGGAGGAUAUUCUGAUUGUUGCAGAGGGGAAAAUGGCACCAUUUACGCAUGAUUUUAGAAAAGCCCAGCAGCGAAUGCCAGCCAUACCUGUCAAUAUCCAUGCCAUGAAUUUUACUUGGCAGGCAACAGGGCAGGCAGAAUACUUUUAUGAGUUUUUAUCACUGCGGUCACUAGAUAAAGGAAUCAUGGCUGAUCCAACUGUGAAUAUGCCAUUACUGGGAACAGUGCCGCACAAAGCUACAGUUAUACAGGUUGGGUUUCCUUGCCUUGGAAAUCAGGACGGUGUUGCUGCCUUUGAGGUGAAUGUAAUUGUUAUGAACUCAGAAGGCAAUGUGAUUCUUCAGACUCCACAGAAUGCUAUCUUUUUCAAGACAUGCCAGCAAGCAAAAUGUACAGGAGGAUGCAGAAAUGGAGGUUUCUGCAAUGAUAGGCAUGUCUGUGAAUGUCCUGAUGGCUUUUAUGGCCCACAUUGUGAGAAAGCACUCUGCAUGCCACGAUGUAUGAAUGGUGGGCUCUGUGUAACUCCUGGAUUGUGCAUCUGUCCACCUGGUUAUUAUGGCAUCAACUGUGAUAAAGUAAACUGCACCACACAUUGUCUGAAUGGGGGAACCUGCUUCUAUCCAGGAAAGUGCAUUUGCCCCUCAGGAUAUGAAGGAGAACAGUGUGAAACAAGUAAAUGCCAGCAACCCUGUAGGAAUGGUGGAAAAUGUAGUGGAAAAAACAAAUGCAAGUGUUCCAAGGGAUACCAAGGAGAUCUGUGUUCAAAACCUGUUUGUGAACCUUCUUGUGGAGCUCAUGGAACCUGCAUUGAACCCAACAAGUGUCAGUGUAAAGAAGGCUGGAAUGGAAGAUACUGCAAUAAGAAAUACGGAUCCAAUCUCAUGAAUGCCCUAAGGCCAACAGGGUCCAGAAACAGACAGCACACGCCCUCACCAAAACGGACUGAAGACAGGCAAGCCCUACCCGAAUCCAAUUAUAUCUGGUGAACCCAUAUAUCUGAAAUAUUUUUACAUUGCACAAAAUGCACCACCUUCAUAAACCUUUUAUGUGUUGGAUGAUACAGUGCUGUUUAUUGAGACUCGGCCCAAAAAAUAAAACCCACUGAUAUAGUUACUGCUCCUUUCCCAAACUUCCAGUGUGUCUUUAAAAGAAUCUCUCUGCUAUCGGUGGUUUCCAGAAUAAACAUUAUAUAUUUUUUACUUCUGCAUCCCAUUUUAGGUUUCAUUUAUUAUGGCUUACCAAUUCCAAGCACAGUUAAGGUCAGGGUGUUGUAGAUUUUAAAUACAUGAAUUGCAGAAGUCUGGCUUCCAGUGGGUUGUUUAUUUCUUUGCGCUUGUGUAUUUACUGUAGUUUUGUAUUAAUUACAUUUUAUAAUUUAAAAAGUCAGCUCGUUAUUGUUUUUGUAAUUGCUGCCAGUGCCGUGGAUUCCUACUGUGCUGUAGUCUGCGGGCUGACCCAGCCCUACAAGAGUUUCUUUUGUACUUUUUUUCAUAAACAGUCCAUCUCUUGAUCUCUUGGUAGAAAGUGGCUUAAGCUAAGAUAGUAUAGCAUAUUUUGCAGAGUUUGUAUUAACGUCUUUGUGAGCUUCAAAUCAAUAUGAUAUAUUGAUAUCUUAAUAAAUAUCAUUGUUAUGUAUAAAAUAAAAAUGCCACUUACUGUUGAAUAUAAUGUC